AUGGUGCCGUUAGACGUGAUAGAUCUAGGGCUGAUACUCCACCCCGGCGCCUAUUGCAGAGACCCAUGGAAUCUUUUAGAUGCACUAGUAGUCAUGUGUGCCUUGGUAGCUUUCUACUUUGGUUCCGUGGGAAGUAAUAACGGGGCCGGCAAGAACCUCAACACCAUUAAGUCCCUACGUGUUCUCCGAGUGCUGCGACCUCUGAAGACCAUCAAGCGAGUACCCAAGCUGAAGGCUGUGUUCGACUGCGUCAUCAACUCGCUGAAGAACGUGCUCAACAUAUUCAUCGUGUACGUGCUCUUUCACUUCAUCUUCUCCGUCAUCGCUGUGCAGCUCUUUAACGGAAAGUUCUGGUUCUGCACAGACGCGUCCAAGCUGCUUAAGGAGGAGUGCCAAGGGGAAUAUUUCGAGUUCACCGACGAAAAGCAGCCGCCGAGAGUCGAGAAGCGCGAGUGGAAGCGGCAGGAUUUCCACUAUGACGACGUGUUCCACUCCAUGCUCACGCUGUUCGUGGUGCAGACCGGCGAAGGAUGGCCAAAAGUACUGCAGAACUCGAUGGACGCGACGAGGACGGACGAAGGCCCGCAGCCAAACUACCGCAUGGAGAUGGCCUUCUUCUACAUCGUCUUCUUCAUCGUGUUUCCUUUCUUCUUUGUGAACAUCUUCGUUGCCUUGAUCAUCAUCACCUUCCAGGAGGAGGGAGAAAAGGAGUUAUUGGACGGGGAGCUGGAUAAGAAUCAGAAACAGUGCAUUGACUUCGCUAUCAACGCGCGCCCUCUAGCGCGCUAUAUGCCAGAGGACCAGGACUCACUGCGAUACCGCAUCUGGAAACUAGUCGUGUCGCGCGGCUUCGAGUGGUUCAUCAUGGUGAUGAUCUCGCUCAACACCAUAGUGCUGAUGAUGAAGCAGUCAGACAAGGAGAGCAAUGGCACAUACAAGGAUGUGCUGCGAUUUUUGAAUAUAACCUUCACCUCACUGUUUACGGUGGAGUGUAUACUGAAGAUGAUAGCGUUUGGAGUGAGGAACUACUACAGAGAUUCAUGGAACAUCUUCGAUUUCGUCAUAGUGGUCGGGAGUAUUGCCGAUGUAGUGAUAACCGAGUCACAGAACAAUUUCAUCAACAUUGGCUUCUUGCGGUUAUUUCGAGCCGCUCGCCUCAUCAAGUUGUUAAGGCAAGGUUACACGAUCCGAAUUUUGCUCUGGACCUUCAUACAAUCAUUCAAGGCGCUGCCGUACGUGUGUCUUCUCAUCGGAAUGCUGUUCUUCAUCUACGCUGUCAUCGGCAUGCAGGUGUUCGGGAACAUAAAGCUUGACCCUGACUCUGCGAUUAACCGCCACAACAAUUUUCAACUAUUUCUCAGCGGACUGCUUCUCUUGUUCAGGUGCGCGACUGGCGAAAAUUGGCAGUUGAUCAUGCUGUCGUGUGCAAGUGGCGCCCCCUGUGACCCAGAUUCAGGCCUCCCUGAUGGUUCCUGCGGCUCUCAGAUUUCAUACUUUUAUUUCUGCACAUUUAUAUUCUUCUGUUCGUUUCUAAUGUUAAACCUAUUUGUGGCUGUCAUCAUGGAUAACUUCGACUACUUGACGAGAGAUUCCUCCAUCUUGGGUCCACAUCACCUGGACGAAUACAUCCGGUGCUGGGCUGAAAUCGAUCCAGCUGCAAAAGGGAGAAUUCACUACACAGAUAUGUACGAGAUGUUAAGAAACAUGGCGCCGCCUGUUGGGUUUGGACGAAAGUGCCCAUAUAAACUUGCAUACAAGAGGUUGAUCAGGAUGAACAUGCCCAUUGCCGAGGAUAACACGGUGCAGUUUACAACCACACUUUUCGCUCUCAUCCGCGAAUCUCUUGGCAUCAAGAUGCGCAACGCGGACGAGAUGGACCAAGCAGACGAAGAGCUAAGACAAGUGAUUAGAUUAAUGUGGGCGUAUCAGUGCAAGAAGAGCAACCUGGUGGGCAAACUCGUGCCAAACAACGCUGAGCUUGGAGAGGGUCAGCUGUCGGUGGGUAAAGUGUAUGCAGGUCUGGUCAUCCUUGAGAACUGGAGAGCUUAUAAGGCGGCCAUGGGAGCAGUGCAGCGUCCACCAUCUUUCUUUAAGCGCAUAUUGCGCGGAACCGUCCGGACGCCAUCGCACCGCUCCAAUGCCAGCGAGUCAGAUGAGGAGCAUGGGGGCCACCGCUCGCGCUCUCACUCUCUGAAGGACGGCUCCAACCUCAGCAUUGAUAAGCAGGAGAACGGUCAGCCGUGGAAGCGCUCGUUCAGCUUCCUCCGCCGCGUCAGCACGCGAAAGAGACAUCGUAAGGACAACUCACCGCACAACCCCGAGGAACACUAUGGACAGGUAGGCGCGUGCCCAUAUCACGGUCCCGUGGUCAGCGGCCGUCAGCGACAGGUAUAACGUCUUGCGUGAUGCUGAAUCGCUCGUCCGGCAACAGCAGAACGGUGUAAAUAUCGAGCGUAAUUUUGCGUACGUGAGAUGACACAUCACUCACGAGUGCGACGAAUGAAAACAUUGCCGU